AUGUCAUUGUCACGGCCAUUUCGACAUUUUCGUGUAAUCAGAAGAACGACACUCUUCAACAAUGCAAACAAUGGGCAAGAAGCAGCUUUUGACGUUUGGAAGACUCCAUUUUCAUUUACAGUUUCAUCUCGAGAAGGCAGCGUGAUGCUGGUGCUGCUGGCGCUCAUGUACCUGGUGCUGACGUGCCGCGGCCGCAUGGAGGUGAAGGAGACGCUGCUGCAGGACCGCGAGGAGAGCUACGACAGCGACGGCGGCGUGGGCGGCGUCGGGGUGUGCGGCGGCGUGGGCGGCGUGGGCGGAGGCGGCCACGAGGAUGACGACGACGACGAGCUGGGCGGCGCCUACACCGGCGACAGCUGCGACAGCGACAGCACCUUCAGCUGAGCGGCCCGGCCCCGCCCCGCCCCUCUUCUACACCCAUCCGCCCCUUACCCCCGCCCUCACCCGCCCACUCCUCACCCGAGCCCCAGCAGAUCCCUCUCACAGCGGCUGGUUGCGUUCCACCAGAGGUGGCGUGGAACACCGUGAUAUUUUGGAAUGUUCGGUUUAGAAGUUCUAGAGAAAUGAACGAUACUCCUAAAAUAAAUUAAGAUCUAUCUAAAAUUGAGAGUAGUCGGUAAUGUGAGGUUGAGAAUAAAUUAUAAGCGGAUGAGGUCGUCUGGAGGCAAUCCGCCAUCAGGAUUAUUUUGAAUCUGGAAUGAAAAGAGAUUUUAUGAAUUAGGAGAAUUUAUUCUAAUAUAAACUUUAUUUCCUUUUUUUUAUUUUCAGUUUUGUUGUAAUUAUGUGACAUAUUUGUAAAGUAGGUGUAUUAAAAAAGAAUCACUGAAAAACCCGUUAUUGAAUUAGUAUUUCAAGAUGUAUGUAGGCAUAUUUCUUGUCAGUCUAUUCCAUUUACUCUAAACUUUACAUACGACCGCAUUACGGUACGAUGACAAUUUUAAACAUCAAAGAAAUGUCUUUGUUAAAUUUAGGAUAUUUUUAUCUCCAAGUCAAUUAUUUGGUUCCAUUACACUAAUAAAAUACGUAUUUAGAUAUUCGUAUAAAAUUUGGGUAAUUUAAAGCUGUCUUUCAUUUAUUUAUCAGAGACAAUUGUUAAUCGGACUACGAUUACUUCGAUUUUUACAGCUUGAUAUUGAGUUCUAAAAUGUGAAAUUUUAUUGGUAAUAGUCACAAUGUUUUGACUUGUAUUAUAACUUUACGCAUCAAAUUUUUUAUAAGUUUGAAUAUUGCUUGCUCGAAAUAAUUGAUAACAUAUCCAACAUUAUCACUUGUUUUGCACCCACUAUUAGAUUUAUCUGUAUGAAAUGUCUGCGACAGAAAACCGAAAUAUUUUCGCGACCAUCCUCUUUGGUUCAAUGUUCCGCAAUCACUAUUAAUUCUACCACCAAUUUCCAUUUGCUAUUUUUUUACUGUCCUUGUCAUCACACGAACUAGUCUAGUGGUUUUCAUUGUCAAAACCAGUUUUCCUUGCAAGCUAAAUUCCCUUUCAUUUAGUUUCGGAUAUCGUAUCCUUCGUCGUUUACAAGAGUAAAUUACAGAGGAAUCGAGUGCCUACGUUUAAAACUCUUUGGAGAGGCUCUUGGAAGCAAGUGAACAUUAUUUUCUAACAAUAUAACAAAAGGAAAACAAUCUUGCUAUAAUUUUCUUGCACUAAAAUUAUUUAAACAAUCAGUAUAUUUUGUUUUUUCACGUUUUAUUGUAAAUGUUUGAUCAAAGAGUAGAAUGAAGAAUAAAGAGCAAUUAAUCGUACUUAUGAGUAAGUACCAAGAAAUAAUUUAAAAAACAACAAAAGAAGACAAAAAUGAUUUUGUAUUCUAAUUUUCCGAUGUUGGGUCUACAAGUUAGAUAUAUAAAAACCAGCUUGUGAAGUCUUCAAUGAGGCAUCACCACCCGUAGCAGCGUUAAAUUCAGAACGCUUAGUAUUCCUAAUCUACCUCACCAUCCCUGUCUACCCUUCACCUCUAAACACACCCAAUCUCUCUCGAAGGAAGCCACGCCACUCAACAGCCGCCGGCCUCAAAGAGCCCAAGUCGUACAGCGGACCUUGGCAUUUCAGCCCGCACGGCCGAAAAAAAACUUUCUUUUUUUUUACCUUCCCUCGGUUUCAGAACCUCCGCUGGGAGUUGACUCAACCCCUUUGUGUAUUCGAUGUCGUGUUGAGAGAACAAUCGUUGCUUGAACAGGCAGCAUUGGUUCAGCGCUGGAGUCUCUUAGCACGCCGCUUCGCCGCUGGAAGGCCUGUUCGGAGUAUCCCACUCCGCCUUCUGUUCGUGUACUUCGUCUUAUGAGAUAACUUCUUCGUAUUAAAUGUGCCAAUGUAAAGCAGCAGCAAGCGGUCUGGUAGUUUUUGAAAAGGUUUCAACGGACACGGAGACACACGCUCCGCGAAGACAGGAAAUUUUGCGUGCCUUUUGAAAGAACUGAAGAAAAUUCUUGUGAUUUUUCAUGUCCUGUAGUUUCGCACAAGUUAGGCAGGAGUUAAAUCAACUAUCUAGUCUUUUGAUGUAUGCCGUGGUCCAGGUAGAAGAACGAACAUUUUUUAUAACGAAUUUCCUCCGGGAGAUCCGGCAAACUGUGUGAAAUAAUUGCAUUGCACAUACUCAGUCAUACAUUUUUUUAAAUUUUGUACAUACUGUAGCUUUCAAGGUUCAAAAUUAACAAAUCAGAUUCAGUAUAUGCAUCUUUAUAGAUUUAUCUUCCGACCUGAACCGCUUCGUACGUCUUAACCCGAGAAGAUUGAUAUUUUCUACUUAAUAAUGAUUGCAAUGAUUGCGCAAUUAAUGAUCUUUCUAGAGAGACUUCUAGUUUAAUCUUCAUGGAUGGGCCUAAUACUAAUUUAGUUUUCUGGAUAAGUAAGUAACUAUAUUAUAGAAUUUUGACAUUUACGUAUCACAUAUAUCUAUUUUAGAUAGAACUACAUAGACAAUUGUUUAAUUUGAUUUUGAAUAGAUAGAAUUCAAUUUACUACUUAAUUCUAAAGAUAUUUUCCUUGUUCAAUUCUAUGCUCUUGUAGGCGUUCACCUCAUAGAAUGAACUAUGGAUCACGGAAUUGUGCGAAGUUUGUAUUUUGUACCGUACAGAAAUGUUUAUGGAUAUAUAGAACCUAUUGGUUAGCAAUGUAAACAUUAGAAAAAAUUUGUUUGUAGAGGUGAAUUCGUACCGUAAGGCAGAGAGUAGUAGAGACAAGAAAUAAACUAUUGAGUGUGACCAUUCAAUUAUAUUAUUUUCAUAUAUGUGGUGCUUUCGUUGUACUUGCCAAAUGAAGUUCAUUGCUAGAACAUUUUCGUGUGCGGUCACAUUGCAUGAGUUGGUCAUGCUAUUAUUUGUCGGACCAUGAUUGUGAUGUGUCAAAACAUUGCCAGAGAAAAUUUAAAAUUAAAUUCAUUUAUAUCUCUACAAUUAUUUAUUGCAUAGUGUAACCCACAAAAUGUACUUCCUUUAAUGUAUGUCUCCAAACAUUUGAAAAGAUGCACUCUUUGGAGUAAAUAAUGCUUGUUUUUCUGGUUUUAAUGUUCAAUAUUAGAUAAUAACAAAUCAAAAUCUGUGCAAACGUUAAUUUAUACGUAUGUUUUUAAACCUUUUUAAAAUUCCAAAGCAUUUUAGGGUGCCACGUCCCGAUAUUUAUUGUGACCUAUCGAGCAAAUUGGUUAUUCACGAGAUUUUUAAUUCGUCAGGCAGAUAUAAGUUUAUCACAUAUACUUCUCGUUAGUCCAAAACAGGAAGCCUCCAGCUGCUCUGCCUUACAGUUCGGUCUUACUCCGAAUUUGCACCCCAUAUUUCAGGAGUGCAACAUGCCGCUAGCAAAUCGCACGUUACUUGUAUUGUGUUACCACAAAAUGACAUCGAACGCAGUGUCACGAUCUCUUCCAUAUAGAAUGAACAACUACUUUACAAUGACGAUCAUGCAGUCGACAUUGUAGUUGUAAAUAUUGAUUUCUAAAUUAAUAGCCGCUUCCAUUUGCAAAUUUUGGUCAGUAACUGAAACAAUUAUCUUGUCUGACAUUUGGAAAUUAUAACCGCGAGCUUUUCCCUCUGUAUUUUUUAUUGGGGUGUAAAAAUGUCUAGUUUCUUCCAUCAAACCAGACUUCAAGCAGUGUUUGUGUAACUGGGAUUACUUAGUUUUCCUAAAUAAAAUGCGACCCUGUAUUUUUUGAGAAACAAAGGAAAGAAAGAACAAAUGAAGGAAACGAUGGAUAAACAUGAAUCAAAAAAGAAGUAUUGCAGUGCAUAAGUCCAGUUUGGUUUUAAUUGGUGGAAAUUACAAAUUUUCUUGAUGAAAGCUUUCUUCGAAUUUCAUUUAAAUCUUGCAAACAAAAAUAUGUAUUAAACAUGCUUUUUUAUUGAGAUUAGGAUAUUUUGAUAUAUUCUAAUUGAUGAAUCCAAUGUGUUUCUGUUCAAUUGCCUUUUUUCCUUCCACUUAUAGUUGGUCCUGAUAUCAAAGUGCAGAAGAGAAUUGAGCUUGACCACUUCCGACGUCCAUUGGAGAUACUCAGAACUUUUAUUGAGGUCUCUCCAAAUCUCACAAUGAAUAAGCAAACAGACGGGCUGAAGUAGUGAUGAACGAGCAUUGCUCUCCAUUAGUCAUUCGAUUCGUGCAGAUCCUUUCAUUCUCUCAUCGAGAGUGCUGCUAUCUCUUCGAAUAUAAUUACCGGCGAAACGAACCGAUGCGGUUUCACAAAUUGACACAGGGAACAAAAAAAAAGGAUCGCGGAAACGGUUAUCUUUUGUUUUGUGUAAUUGAGAGGGGUUUUAAUUUAUGACACUCCCGGAGGGGGUUGUUUGGUUUCGCAUUAAUGCCUGCACAUUUCGCUCGCGCAGCCGCUGCUGUUAUUUACAUACGCGGAAAUUCGACGUCCUUCUCCCAUUCUCCGCAUGGAGUGACCUGCCCUCCUCCCCCCUCCCCCAGCUGCGCUUUUGCAGGCAACAUUUAUUCCCUAGUUAAUCGCAUUAAAAGUCGCGCUUAGUGGAUUUCAAUUAUUCGUCGCAACCUCGUGUAGAGCGCAGUUCGUUGCAGGAAAUUAAUUAAUUUCCAGAGUUGUUGACCUGGUGAGUCUGGAACGGCCGCGACAAACGUCGUUUACGGGAGUAGAUUGAUGACAUUUGACUUGAAAAUUCAACGAAAAUUUUCCGAAGUGCAUUUUCAACAAUACUUAAUCUCUCACGACGUAACAAAGUUGGCUAGCAUUUGAACAUAGUGACUGACAUCUAAUAAAAUAAUGUAAUAUACAUGUAUUUCGUAUAGUAAGAAUCUACGGUUAAUUAUCUUCCCUCGGAUUCAGUAUUGUUCUGAAACCGUCAGUUUCAAACAGACCUGUAUUUUAGAAUAUGAACUAGUUACUCUUGUAUGUGUUGCUUACUUAUUGUGAAGUAAUUCUUGGAUACAUUCUAGUUGUACAUUUGUUAUGUAUUAACAAAUAUUUUUAAAAUAAAUUGUGCCAUUAAUGUACAUAGCU